AUGAGACCUUUGGCGGACGUUUACCAUGCGUAUCACGUCGUGCGUAAAAACAACGUUCCAGCGGAGAAUAUAAUAACCUUCGCCUACGACGAUAUUGCAAACAAUCCCAGAAAUCCCUUUAAAGGCAAAGUGUUCCAUGACUAUGGGCACGAGGAUGCCUACAAUGGUGUGAUAAUUGACUACCGAGGGAAAGAUGUCACACGUGAUAACUUCGUGAAAGUAUUAAAAGGCGAUGGUAAACUUGAAGCCAACAAGAAGAAGGUGCUUAAAAGGUGGGUUGGCGUGGAAGUGGAUAUUUUUGCUGCACUUGCUGAUCACAGCUGGAAUUCUAGCUUUGCAGGCCCCCGUCUUCUAUUUAGUAUUCUCGCAAUUAACUUGCUGUAUGCCAUGGAGUUGAACGAUACACUCGCAUACAUGCAUUCAAAGAAAACGUUCAACAAAUUGGUGCUGUACGUGGAAGCUUGCAACUCUGGCUCUAUGUUUAAAGAUGUUCUUCCUUCAAAUAUGGGAACUGAUCUGCCUGCUUCACAUAACUCCAAUUUGCCAAUAUCUCUCACGCGCACGCAGAAUGACCUAAAAACGCGUACACUGGAGGAACAAUACGAGGAGGUGAAAAAGAGUGCAGCUUCAACUCACGUGAUGAAGUACGGUGAAAUCGCGAUGGGAAGACUCCCAGUUGGAAAAUUCCAAGGUCAUUAUGAUCUGCUGACGCACCGGAACGAUGUGGCGACAGCACCGAAUGCUGUAGAUAGAAAGUCCUCUUGCAAGGCGCAUUUGCUUUCAAAGUCUCGACGCUUGAUGGAGGCAACAAACGAUGAGGAACAGGAAACCACUUGGCGAAAGCUGCGCCGUGCACUUCAACUUGGCCACAUCGUCAAGGAAAUGUACCAUGACAUCGUCAUGGAUGUGACAACCCAACAUAUGCCAACGCUAAAGGGCUUGUCCAAGAAGAAUGAGCUCAUGUGUUUCAAGGCAGUAUUCGAUCAAUUCCGGACGCACUGCUUCACAAUGCAGCAGGCAAGUUGCAUCCGUGAUGCGUGGAAACAUGGAUUCAUCAACGGAACGAUAUUCAUUCGCGUGGGACAAGAAAUGAUCGACACCAAUGCAGAUGUAUCUAGCCCGGAAUCAUUAUCCAGGUAUUCCAAAGAAGAAAUUUCGGAUAUACCUGAUGCGCAGUUCCGCACAGAAAUCAGCACAAUGGACAGACCGAAUACCAGGGGAGGGAGAAUAACUGCUCAGGAACUGACCAAUAAAACGCCAUGCGAUAGUACAGGCCGGUUGGCCACUCGGUUAAUACACAAAAAAUAUGUACAGCCAUCCUUGAAAUGA